CAUCAAUACAGUAAUAUGUCCAGAAAUGUAUAUUGUCCUUCAAUAUUAUGUCCAAAUUACAGUAAAUGUUACAUGUUUCCAGAUACUAUGAUACGACCCAAGACCCCAUGUGAGGAUGCUAGAGAUGCCACUUUAAAUGGCUCAAUUGGAGCCUACAUCCCCUGGUGUGACGACAGUGGACAAUACACCCCCGAGCAAUGUUGGGGCUCUACAGGUUACUGUUUGUGUGUGACCAGUACUGGACAGAAGAUCCCGGGUACUGAGACUCCACCUGGCACUGCUCCAAUCAACUGUUCCACCCAGAAUGGUAAGAUACGACCCAAGACCCCCUGUGAGAUUGCUAGAGAUACUGCGAUAAAAGUCAGGCCUGGAGUCUACGUCCCCACGUGUGACAACGAUGGACAAUACAAACCUGAGCAAUGUUCAGGCUCUACAGGUUACUGUUGGUGUGUGAACAGUUCUGGACAGAAGAUCCAGGGUACUGAGACUCCACCAGGCACUGCUAUCACCUGUUCCACCAAGAUGAAAGGCGUUGGAAGUAAGAUGUAGAAGACGGACAGUUGUCUUUACUGUACUACAGGAAGGGAUUCACAUCCCAUACAAAUAAAUACAUGAAGGAAUCCAGAGAUUAAAGUGUUGAUUUACUUA